UAUUGUUGUCUCUCGCGCAGGGGCUUUGUGUGAAUGGGCGUCCUUCAGGUUAGCCGAGCGCAGUGAGCGAGUACAACGUUCAACCUUGUCCAUUGAUAGCGUAAUACCAGAAAGACGCACCGACCCAACGAGAGUGUGGUUUGUAGGCGUCAGGUGUUGACAUUAGGGUCGCAAGGUAAAACCUCACAAUCCGUUUGUCUUGGAUAGAAAUAGCGACCGGGUGAGAAUAAACGACCAGCGAACGAUGACCUGUUAACGUUGUGAAUUUGCGGACACCGUCAUCUGUUGAAUUAGAAUUUGCAGUCCUGACUGUCUCUCCCGUGCACUGACUGUAGACCUCGUCCACACGGAUAAUACGCUUCACGUUUAAAUCCAAGAUGGCGCCGUGUUUUCUCGUCGCUGUGACCUGUCUGACUGUGGUGUUGGUGGUUUGCCCCUGUGCGUGUCAGACAGCGGACCUGUGUUCAUCCUUGCAACCCCUGGCGCCUCUAUGCGCCAACAUGACGUACAAUGUCUCGUCAUUCCCUAACGCCUUUGGUCACAGGAAUGCAGAAGAAGCGUCCAUGGCUAUUCAGCAGUUCUACCCAUUGGUGAAAAUACAGUGUUCAGACGUGAUGGUUGACCUGUUGUGUUCAGUGCACUUCCCUGAAUGCGACCCCGAGUUUGGCAGGAUUCCCCCAUGUCGGGAGAUGUGUGCCACGGCCCGACUCUGGUGUGAAAGUUUGAUGAAAAGGUUCGGAUUUGAAUGGCCGAUUGUUUUAAAUUGCAAUAAUUUCCCUAGUAAAGCGAACAACGUUAAUUGUAUGAAUGUCGAGUCCCGCAUGACAACUACAACUACAACUACAACAACCACAACUACGACUACAACGACGACGGCACCGAUGUCAAACAUUCCCGACUUCUGCCGGAACCUACCAUACGGGAUGCCGUCACUUCCGAACGUUCUCGGACAUUGGACAUUCGUUGACGCUCGGAGAAACAUCGAAAGGUUCAUGUCAAUGAUAGCGAGCGGAUGUUCGGAUAGACUGUCACAGUACAUGUGUGUGCUUCACUAUCCGACCUACGAGCCAACGACACAGAAGCCAAUUCCGCCAUGUUGGGAGUUCUGCCUGGCGGUGAGAACACAAUGCUUCUCCCAUCUCCCUAAACCCAGGCCGCGUAGCUUUUAUUGCGAGCGUCUCCCAAGUAAAAUCACCCCCGGUUCCAAGUGCUGGGGAUAUGAUAUGGAAAUGUACAGCGCACCCAAGUUCCCAUGAAUUUAAUUAUUUAUAAAUUGAUAAUCCAGUUGCAU